GUAAUACAAAGAAUGAAAGAAUUAAAUUUUACUGAAAAUAAGUUUAAGAUUUUUAUAUUGUUUUUUUGUUAAUAUCGCGAAAGCAUCAAAACUUGCUAGAAUACAGCAUUAGGGUAGUCUGCGUUCACAUUAGCUUAGCGUAGCCUGUUAUGAGCCCCGAGGCACUAAUUUCAGUUGUUUCAGUCAAACCGUAGCAAAUUUACACCAUAGGGUAUUAUAAGUAUAGUUGCUUCAGUUUUAAUGUGUAUUUUUGAGACUCUAUAAAAUGUUACAUAAAAUAUUUAUAUUUAAAAUAGCGUAAAAUUAAUUAUAAACCGUGGAAAUUUGUUGUAUAAUGUUUAGUUAUGUCCUAAAAGUAUUUUAUCUUGUUUCGUUUUUAGCAUUAUGUAAAGGCUGUCGUCGAGUCGUUUUUAACAGCAAAGAAGGGAAUGCGGUUUUGUACAACAGUACUGCUGUAUUGCGAGCCCAUAUGUCUGAAUGCAUAUACAACAUUACCUACAAUAGAGUAUUUCCUGUUCUUGACGUUCAUUCCAUCGUAGAUUUCAGUAUUCUUCAUAUCACGUGGUUUAACGACACGGCUGAGCAAUUUUGCAGGUUAUCUCCGGCACGAAACACACGUUGUUGGAUCAAUCGCCUUGAGAUUUAUUUAUCACGAAGGUCUCCGUACUACCAACCUGUAAGAAGAUGUAUUUAUAGUUAUCGCAGAAGAGCAACCAUUAACAGGAGGGCACCACCACCAAAACGAGUAGAAACAUCAGUGAAUUCUAUAUCUUCGGAUGAAUUAGAAUUGGCUAGAUUUUCUAAUUGCGUCACCAAUGACGUCACGUUACCUAGCAACGAGCAUCAAAACUUGACAUCUGUUUUGAAAUUCUUUAAAUUUCACUAUGUGGCAGAAAACAGGAAUCGAAGACGGAACAAAGUUAACGAUAAUUGGAAAGAAAACAUGUUUCAAAUUACAAGAUUAGAUUCUCCGUUUUAUAUAUCAUUCAUCCAAUGUAAUCAGACGCGUGAUUCGAUUACGGAAGUAACGGAAGAGCAAAACCACACACACUCAAAUAUUUUAGCCCCAAGUCCACCACCUCCUCCAAGAGUUGACGUCAAUUUAAUAAUACCCGAAACUCCGCCUAAAAUUGCUUGCAAUGUGACCGAGAUAAGCAUACAUGGAAUAUUUAACGAAAGCGAGGCAGUGAAUACACCGCACUGUUUUGUGAACCCGUGUAACCGUGCAAGUCUGGAAGUAGCAUUGUCAAUGUGCGGGAACAUGCCACAUUGCGUGUUAUAUAACAGCACCUGCUAUGCUAAGUAUAUUCCUGUACAGCCAGUCUCUCAAUUCGAUCAGUUUCUUGCCGCUUAUCUGACUUCUACACAACUAGUUACGUCACCAAUCGUUCACGAAACCGAUAAUCGUAACUUAGUUUUAGGUGGACUUCCAUUUUUGUUCCCACCUCAACAAUGCUCUGUAUUUCCACACAACUGUGCAAUCGAUCUAGGUAACAUCAUGGCUUUACUAGAACCACCAGUGGACGUGCCUUACUGCCAAAGAAUCGCAUGUAAUCCUGCGAACCCAUCACUUGAAUCAGAUCAAUUUGGUUGUCAUUCUCAACCCGGCUGCUACUUUGACCUUGAGCUUUCCACUUUAAGACGAAGUAUUGGUUACACCGUAUUAUCGACUGUCCCCAUAUGCCACUUCGUCAUAAGAAACCAGAAAUUUCAGCAACUUGCAACUGACUAUACUACAUCUAAAAACGCCUCGUGGUCAAGCAUUCACACACGGUGCUUUAUAAACCAAAACAACGCUUCAAUCAUGGCGCCACCAAUCGGAUGUUCCAUGCUUAUUUUUAUGAAGUAUUAUGGAAUCAAUAUGCGUAUGUUAGGUUGGACAGGCAUUACUGCGAACGAAUGUACCCUUAUUAACGGUUGCUAUUUAGAAGGCGAAGGCUGUUUUUACCCAGGAAAUCCGCGGAGCAUUGAAAUAGCUGCACAAAACGAUUUGUUCAAGCGAAAAAUUCAUUUUCCUCCCGAUGUUUAUGGACAAGCAAAAUGCGCAAACUUUGACGUAACUUAUGAUCACGGGGCUAAUCUUGACGCCUACCACCGAUGUAAACAAUUAGGGUGUACGGUGGAUUCGUUAGUUUACAUCGAAGAGUCUGUACAGUUCGAUCUUAUGCAUAUGAUGGUGCGAUCUGUUGCUCCACAUAUUCAACAACGGUUUUGGGACUUAGUACAUAGCGGUAACAUUUCUGCGCACAACUGGAAGAGCUCGUUACGGAAAUUAAGCACCUGUCUAGGAGAACAAAACCAGUAUAAUGUUCAAAGCAACAGGCCCAGCGACUUGGGACUUUUGAAGGUUAAAUUAUCCUUGAGACCAAGUUGGUAUCUAAUGUAUUCAAUACCUGGUUACACUGCUAGUCAACGAACGCUACCACUUUGCCCGUAUCGUAAUUAUAACUUUGGGAUCGUUUCUCUUAAAGGGUCAUUUACAGCUUGCUGCGAGACAUAUGCCUGCUACACCCCUAAACGUCAUAUACGUACAUCUUACUCUGGGAUAGCGAACUAUUGGUCUGCUUGGUCGGAGUAUGGAAUAUGCUCUGUUUCUUGUGGGGGCGGAAUACAAAGCCGUAUACGUCGGUGCGUACGGUUCCGGGGCAAGCAAUGCAACUUAACUGGCGAAAGAAACAAUCAUAAAGCGUGUAAUACGCAUUCGUGUCCAUUAUUUAGCCAUUGGAAUAUUUGGGCUUCGUGUUCUGUUGCUUGCGGAGGUGGAACGCAAACCAGAACCCGUCUUUGCUUACCUGAAGGUAGCACCUGUUCAGAUGACGCUCAAGGCGGAGCUUCUCAAUCAAGACCUUGCCAAACUGGCAACUGCGCAACUGUUAGCGAUUGGAGUGAAUUUAGCGAGUGUGACGUGCAUUGUGGACACGGUAUAGCUACAAGCACAAGAACAUGUUCAAGCCAAGGUGCAUACGGAUGCCCUGUACUUACGCGGACACGGCGCUGUGAAAUAUUUUGCGGGGUAGUGCACAAAGAAAAUGGGCCAUGUCUGCCCUAUCCGUCGUGCACACGUGAAAUUCGCAAGCGGUGUGUGUAUGCACAUGGCCCAGGACACUGCUCAGGCAUGCAUAAUGAAACUGAACGAUGUUACCUCGGAAGAAUGUGUUUUCUAUGUGUUUUUGGUAACUGUUGAAAUCGAAUUUUACAAUAAAAUGAAAACUGUUAUAUAUA